AUGUGGUUUGCGACGGUGGAGGCGCAGUUCAGCACACGCGGCAUCGUUCAGGAUCAGACAAGGUUUGACUACGUGUUGACGGGUCUCGACGCAGAUACGGAGGAGAGAAUAGCGGAUUUCUUCGACGAUCUCCCCGAAUCUGGGAAUCGAUAUGAGGCCUUCAAGGCGAGAGUUCUCGACUCCUUCAGGAUCAAUCGGCAUCGGCGCAUGGCUAAUAUUGCCAGCCUCACCAUCGGCGACGACAAUCCCUCGAGACUCCUAGAGAGGAUGUUGGGGCUCUAUAGACCGGACGCCAACGCUUCCAUGAAUCCGCUGUUCCGAUCUCAUCUCCUUCAGAAAUUGCCAGCCCAUGUCCGCGAUCAGGUCGCCGCGGUCAACACACUGGACCUCCGGGAAGUGGCAAAGAUCGCUGACAGAAUUUUCGCCCAGCGGCUGGGUCUCGCAAAGAGCGCCGUGGAAGAUGUGGCAGUGGAGGUAGAUGCAGUCGAACGCCCCGUCCUGAGUAAGAAACGGCUGAACGUGGUGCCAGCUUCCAAAACGCCGGGAGUUUGCAAGUACCACGCGAGGUUCGGCGAGCAGUCCAGAAGCUGCAUCCUGCCUUGCGCGUGGAACGGGAAACUCGCUCCGGGAAACGGCAAGGCCGGCCGCCCAUGA